CGCAGUGAUUGGGUUAGGCUUGGACAGCGCUUUGCGCGGUUGGUUUGAAAUCUCUCUGUUAGGCAAGCUGCAGCUUUAGCAGAAGGAAGCUGAGGAAUCCAGCCUUGAGGAACCAGCCAUGGACGAGUACACUAAAAUAGAAAAGAUCGGAGAGGGCACAUACGGGGUUGUGUACAAGGGUCGCCAUAAAGCAACAGGCCAGGUGGUUGCAAUGAAGAAAAUUCGGUUGGAAAACGAAGAGGAGGGCGUCCCAAGCACAGCGAUUAGAGAAAUAUCACUACUGAAAGAACUUCAGCACCCCAACAUAGUUUGCCUUCUAGAUGUCCUGAUGCAAGACUCAAGGUUGUACCUCAUCUUUGAGUUUCUCUCCAUGGAUCUGAAGAAGUAUUUAGACUCAAUACCCAGCGGCCAGUAUAUAGAUACAAUGCUUGUUAAGAGUUACCUCUACCAGAUCCUACAAGGGAUUGUAUUUUGCCACUCCAGAAGAGUGUUACACAGGGAUCUGAAGCCUCAAAACCUGCUGAUCGACAGCAAAGGAGUGAUAAAGUUGGCAGAUUUUGGCCUUGCCAGAGCUUUUGGCAUUCCGGUUCGGGUUUACACACAUGAGGUAGUGACGUUAUGGUACAGAGCCCCAGAAGUGCUGUUGGGGUCAGUCCGAUAUUCCACACCGGUCGACGUAUGGAGCAUAGGAACCAUUUUCGCUGAGAUUGCCACAAAGAAACCCCUCUUCCAUGGCGACUCUGAAAUUGACCAGCUCUUCAGGAUAUUCAGAGCUCUGGGAACGCCCAACAAUGAAGUGUGGCCUGAAGUGGAGUCUUUACAAGAUUACAAGAACACAUUCCCCAAAUGGAAAGGCGGAAAUCUGUCGGCGAAUGUGAAAAAUAUCGAUAAGGAUGGGCUGGACCUGCUGUCUAAAAUGCUAAUCUACGAUCCCGCCAAGAGAAUUUCUGCGCGUAAAGCGUUGCUGCACCCCUACUUUGAUGACUUGGAUAAGUCCAGCCUUCCUGCCAAUCAGAUUAGAAAUUAACACACUGAGCGUCUCUUCUCUUGGGUUUCUGGGUGGGAAUCUGAUGUAAAUCACUUUCGUUUUUUUUACUGUCUGUACGUUGAUGUAUAUGUGUGUAUGUGUCUCGGCGCCCGAAGUACUUACCUUAAAGCACCACACUCUAAAUGUAAAUAUGGACUGACCAAACCUGUGUAUAAAUGCAUUUCCCACACAGACAUUUCAUUUCCAAUAAAGCUUUAUUAUAUAUUCCUGA